AUGCGUUGUAAAGAUCGUGUUUUAGAUAAAGUCCCUUGUAAUUUAAAUAUGGUGCCGAAAUGGGCCUUUGAUGGAAGUUCAACUGGACAGGCAAGAACUGAAGAUUCAGAUACCAUUUUAUUACCAGUCGCCUUAUAUAAAGAUCCAAUUAGAAAAAGUCCACACGUCAUUGUUUUAUGUGAAACGUACUAUGGUGAUGGCACUCCUACUCCUACAAACCACAGAGCUCACUGUGCAAAUGUAUUGAGCAAACUUUCAGAUCAGGAGCCAUGGUUUGGAAUAGAACAAGAAUAUACUAUGUUUGAUGCAGAUUUAUGGCCCUUGGGUUGGCCAAAAGUACGUGGAUUUCCCGUAAUAAAAUCUAAAUAUUCAUACUGUGGAAUGGGUGAACACAUCGCUGGAAGAGAAUUGGCUGAAUGUCACGCUAGAGCAUGCAUUUAUGCAGGAAUGGACUAUGGUGGGUCUAAUGCAGAAGUUAUGAAAGGGUCCUGGGAAUACCAAGUGGGGACAACGGUAGGGAUUAAAGCGGCAGAUGACUUAUGGCUAGGACGGUACUUGUUGGGGAGGAUAGCUGAAAACUUUGGAAUAAUAAUUAGUUACCAUCCUAAGCCUGUGGGUAAGAAUCAGCCAGGAAUUGGCUGUCAUCAUAACUUUAGCACUAAGAAAAUGCGUGAUGAAGGAGGUAUUACAGAAAUUGAAAGAGUUUGUAAAGAGUUGUGUGCUAAACAUGGUGAUUAUAUGAAACAUUAUGGUCUCGGAGACGGUCAAGAGAAUCGGAAAAGAUUAACUGGAAAAUUUGAAACUGCUUCUUUUGAUGUAUGUAAGUGGGCCAUUGCUGAUCGGACUGCUUCGAUUAGGUUGCAAAGAAGUGUGAAGACUAAAAAAAAAGGUUUUCUAGAAGAUCGCCGGCCUGCAGGAGACUGUGAUCCAUACAGAGUCUGCGCUCUUCUUGCAGAAACAUGUGUUUGA